CAAAAAAGCAUUUUUUCUGACUCUCGUUGAUUAAAACAUAGGAGAUUUUGGAUCGAGAUUUGCAAUGUCAGGCCGAGGAAAACAAGGAGGUAAAGCGAGGGCUAAGGCAAAGUCUCGCUCCUCGCGGGCUGGGCUGCAGUUCCCGGUAGGUCGAGUGCACCGCUUACUCCGCAAAGGUAAUUAUGCUGAGCGGGUGGGGGCUGGAGCCCCGGUCUAUAUGGCCGCAGUGCUGGAGUAUCUGACCGCUGAGAUUCUCGAGUUAGCCGGCAACGCUGCUCGGGACAAUAAGAAAACCAGAAUCAUUCCCCGACACCUGCAGCUUGCCAUCCGUAACGACGAGGAGCUCAACAAACUGCUUGGGAAAGUGACGAUAGCUCAAGGGGGUGUCCUGCCCAACAUCCAGGCCGUGCUACUGCCUAAGAAAACCGAGAGUCACAAGGCCAAGAGCAAGUGAAGCUGAUCGGGAAGAAGCAAAAAUCUGCAGUCCAAAACCAAACCAAAGGCUCUUUUCAGAGCCACCCACAAAAUCAAAAAAGGGCUUGAUUGUUACAGAUAAUCAUAAUUAUUAUUUUUCCUUCCUGUAAAUAAAUAUUGGAGUUACAGUGGCCGGAAUAUAGAUUCUGCACGAGACUGUUUUCCUACAAACAAGUUACUGAAUCUCUGCUCGUUUGAAAUACGUGUUCGUCAAUUUUGUAGAACGUGCGAAAAGGCGGAAAGUAGAAAUUUCUAAUAUAACAUAUUACUAGAUGUCGUUUCCAGAGACAAUGCAACAAUUGCAAUAAAAUAAAAUGGGAAAUACGGUACCCUUUUUAGGUUAUUUUUUCUCAGGUCUCAGGAAAAAAAAGGUUUUCUAAAUGGCCUGUGAAUUUGACUUUGGCGGGAAGGCUGGGGAAGAAAUUUGAACUAAAACCUUUAUCAAGACUCUCCUCUUCAACUUUUAGAGCGUCUAUGAAAGUAGAGGGAUUUCCUCUGAAGAGGAAUAACGUUUCGGGUUGUCUGACCAAUCCUUGCAGAGGGCGGGCUUUUCAAAUUUACCAACUGCUCCAUUUCCUCCCACCAGCAAAACAGAAAAAGAUUUUGUCUAUAUAUAAUCAAAAUUCCUUCCACACUGAGUCCUCUAAGUCGCCCCUAUGAACAAAGGUGGUUAUGCGAGGACAGGGCACAUAUAUUCUGACUCUUCCCUUUGACAAUGUAUGGUGAUGCCUGAUUCCUCCAACUGCUUGAAAGCUGCACCCUCUAGGCAGUUUUUUAAUAUAUCGCUCUGAAAAGAAAAGUAAAAUAACCAUAAUGCGAAGGGGAAGAAAUUAAAGCCAAAAGAACUGUAAUCCUUUUACUGGGGGUUACGGAGAAUGGGGCUACUACAGUAUAUCUCACAUACAUAUUUUUGACUGGAGUCGCUUCUCUUUGACCCAGAGCACAGUUCAUGUGUUAACAUUAUACAAACACACAAUGAGGGGUAAAAGUAAGGGGUAAGGGAAGAAGGAAUCUUCUGUCGUAGAAAGCAGCACGAGGUUACCGGUAAGUGAACCAGCUCU